GCAACCUAUUCUCUGGUUCGUUGUCAUACGAGUCAGGGUAGAGUACACAAGUCAUCACGAAAGUUUCGUAAGCUUGAUGUUUUACGAAUUGAGGUUGAUUUUUAGUAGUUUCAUGUGUUUAUAAAGAAAAGUAUCCUAUAUGUGUCAUGUCGAUCGGUAUUAAUUUACGUGUAACUGGUCACACUUCGAUUGGUGGCAGAAAGUAUCAGGAAGAUUUUUUCUCCGUCGCAUAUCAGCAGGCAGAAAAUGACCAGAGCUUGGAGUACGCCUUUUUUGGGAUUUACGAUGGUCACGGUGGAGCGGAAGCGUCUCUUUACGCAAAAGAACAUUUAAUGAAUACAAUAGUCAGUCAGAAGCUAUUCUGGUCUGAAAACGAUGACGAUGUAUUGAAAGCUAUCCGGGAAGGUUACAUACAGACUCAUUAUUCAAUGUGGCGUGAACAAGAUAAAUGGCCGAAAACAUCUUCUGGUUUACCUAGUACAGCGGGCACAACUGCAAGUAUUGCAUUCAUACGCCGCGGAAAAAUCUAUAUUGGGCAUGUUGGUGAUUCUGGAAUUGUGCUUGGAUAUCAAAAAGAGGAAGAAGAGCUCACAGGUCAACAGAUUGUCAAAUGGGCUGUGACACCGUUAACUGAAGAUCAUAAACCUGAAGCAUAUGCUGAAAAAAUGAGAAUAAUGAGUUGUGGGGGCAAAGUUGUUACAAAAUCCGGUGUUCCAAGGGUGGUAUGGAAUCGACCUAGAAUAGGUCAUAAAGGACCUGUUCGUAGAAGUACUCCCAUAGACGAAAUACCAUUUUUGGCAGUAGCACGAAGCUUGGGAGAUUUAUGGAGCUAUAACUCAGCGGUCAAUGAUUUUGUAGUUAGCCCAAAUCCCGACGUUUCUGUAAUUGAAAUAGAUCCAAAGAAAUAUAAAUGUUUAAUAUUUGGAACCGACGGUUUGUGGAAUGUUUUGUCACCAAAGCAUGCUGUAGAAAUUGUACAUGCUGCCGAAAUGGAUAACAUUCGCAUCACUUUAGAAGGUGGUUGUAAUUGGAAAAAUCCUAGCAAAUUAUUGGUUAACGAAGCACUAGAACGCUGGAGUAGGAGUAAUAUGAAGGCUGACAAUACAUCUGUGGUAAUUAUUAUGUUGGAUCCCCCUGGGCCUCCGCUCCGUGAUGUUUUACGAUCAAUGAAAACUCAUUUACCACAGAUUAACUAUGAAACUAGUUACGCUCAACCACUGGAUCACACGAAAAUUACUUUAUAUGAUCAUACCACUCGCGAAUCCAUAGAUUUAUCCCAAGUUACUUGCCAAGAAACAUUAUCAGAGAAUGAACAGAACCAACAAUAUCUGGAAUCCACAGCAUCAACAUCGUAUCAAGAUACAUACACGAACAGUUUCGCUGAAUCUUACAAAACGUUUCUGGGCACAGGAAAGAAUGAUCAUGCGUGCACAAAUUACACAACUACGCAGCAGUAUACAUUAAACCAUCAUCUCCAUCAUCAGAAUCAGAAUCAACACGUUCAUGUAACGCAACAACAAACUUCCUGUUCUCCUGUCGUUACCCGAGAGCGCAACUCACAAGAUUUAGAAGACACUUACUCGCUUACCAACUUGCAAACGAAAUCCGAAAGAAUACAUUCUGAAAUGAUGGAAGCAUCUACCUCACUACCAUCGGAUUCAUUGCGUCAAUCGCACCUGGAAUGCACGGGGAACGUUGCUAUUAUAGAAAAUUUUCAUGAUUAUCCAUUGCCGCAUAUGCCUUCUCAUCAACUUUAUGAUAUUCAUUACCAAGAGAGUCCUUUCCAGCAAGAAGAGCACCACGAGCAGCCGACGUAUCAAAUGGAACGGUUCGAUUACCGUCAUCCACAACAGCAAGAUCAAGUGGGUUGUAGCUAUACAACUCAGCAAUACACAGCACACGAUUUGUCGGAGCACAGUUAUCAACGAGACGCGCUCGAUUAUCUAUAUCCAGUCACCGAUGAACACAUUUGUAAUACAGCAGAGAAAAUAUUAGAAUGCGAGUUGCCAAGCUGUUCUUUGGAAUCUAGACUCGCCAGUAACGAGUUUGAACAAACAAGUAAUAUUCUUCGUGUAAGAGUAGAUCGUCAAUCCAAUACUUCCUGUCGAGAUGAAGAAGGUAUUCAGAUUAAUGAGAUAUCAUCGUCUAGUUUGGCUGCCCUGACGCAAGAUUGCAUCAAUUUUUCCGACAGUGACAGUUGUGCUAGCGGUGACGAAACUAAGGCAUCAUCAUCGACAUAUUCUGGGGUAAAGAAAAAUUCAACAACUCGCAAUUCAUUACAUAACGGAAAAGAUAAAAACCGAAUGAAGAAUGCGUUGAAGCAUAUUGUUAAAAUUGUGUAUGAAACUAGAAGCAGUCAUAGAACACGCUGCGCGAGACGGCAACAAGAAAAUCGUAACACAAAUACUAGGAAAAGUAUACCGGGUAAAUUUGGCAAUAUUCUUUCUAAAACCAGUGGCUCGGUCAGUUUGCUUACUUUGAAAAAAACAAAACAAACUGUCGGAUUCAAUAAACCCAAUGAUAACAGUAGGACAGUUAUUUCUCAAACCAAUAACAACAAAAACCUGAGUUUAAAAGGAAUUAAAAAUAAUGGUAGCAAAAUACCAGUUGAAAAGCGAGUACUGCGAUCUACUGAUCUCGUCAAAUCUACGGAAAGGACACUAGUAAAGAGGUCAUUGCGGAAAGCUGAUUGUAUUACAAUACUAAGUACUUCGACACACAAGGUGGGAACAAAAUCGAAGCUUAUUGCAACGGAAGUGACGCGGAAGCUGCCCAUGCGGAAAGUGUUGUUGCGGAAGGUUACACUAAGUGCUAAAAGAACAAAACGUCGAUAACAACAUUUGUAGCACGCUGGUAAGUGGUAACGAGGCGACGUGGCGACGAGAAUGGGCUGUGAAACCGUCUCUAAUUACUUUAUCAUCAUUAUUACACAUAUGUCACAGGCGAAAUUUCGUAUUCAGUAUCUUACCAUCAGUCUAUAAUUUGGAAUAAUUGUACAUAAUUUUAUAUCGGCAGUUAAUUAUGAUUAACAGUUUGAUCAUACUUUUACAAAUCUACUGUGUAUGCUAAAUAGUGAAACAAUAUUGUGUCUAAAUUUUUUUUACCGAAUCUAUAAUAUGUAUUUUUAGAGAAUUUUGAAGUUUUGUUCAACGCGCAUGGUCGAUUUAUUUUUUGUUUCUGGUAUCGAUAAAGCUUUGCUUGAAACGCGAAUAUACAAAGUUUGAGGCAUUUCCAGUAUGUUAUUUCGAAACAACGCACCUAAAGGUUAAUGUGUGGCUGAACUUUUGUAUGGUUAUUUUCAUCGUAUGUGCACGUCAAUAGAUAAAUUAUUUGUGAAAAGUGCCUAUAUUGGUGAUGAAGUGUAUAUACUGAAUAUAUGAAUUAAAAUCCUGUGCAAAAAUAGAUACACAACUAGAUUAUGUUAAAAUUAUUUAGUAUUUUAUGUAUUCACUAAGUAGUUUAAUUGUAGAUCUGUGUAUUUUUUAGAAAUGAAAUGCGAGCAUAAAAAAAAUAAAAGUGGUAAAUGUGUGUUGAUAACUAAUUUGUUUCGAAAAAAAUGAGCUACGUGCAAGUGUCGCAUAGAUUCUACCGCUUGAGAAACAACAUAAUGACACUAAGGCGGAAGAAUAUUUAAGUUGAAACGCGAAAUUAGUUUCAUCAAUAUAAUAGGAAAUGUAAUUUAUAUUUUUAGAGAAAAUAAACACAUAUUUGAAUAACGAA